ACUUCAAGGAUCAUCUCUCGUCGCGACACACGAUAAACAAUUUCAGUCGUAAGUGGACGUUUCUAAAGUUAACCAACCAGUCGUGUAUUUUCCACACUGCAAAAAUGCCGAUAACAGUGUAUGGUAUGAACGCAAGUCCGGUCGUCAGAGGAACCCUUAUGGCGGUUGAAGCUCUGGGGCUAGAAUUUGAAAGGAUAGAAGUGAACACUAUGCUUGGUGACCAGUUCAAACCGGAAUUCCUCAAACUGAACCCCCUUCACACCAUACCCACCAUUCAAGACGGGGAUUUCGUGAUAUGGGACAGCCACGCUAUCAACUCGUAUUUGGUGGACAAAUACGGGAAAGACGAUUCGUUCUAUCCGAAAGAUCUUCAGAAAAGAGCCGUAAUUAACCAGCGACUUUAUUUCGACUGCGUUUUGUUUCCUAAGAUACUGGCCGUAUUCUCCUCCAUCAAAAAUGGGGCCGUUAGUGUAAGAAAGGACUUGGCAGAUCCGCUUAUAGAAGCCUACACCUCACUAGAGACCCUGUUAGCAAGAAGCACCUAUGCUGCCGGGGAACAGGUCACCAUAGCAGACUUCAGUCUGGUAGCAACGAUUUCAUCGGCCAACGUGGUAGUGCCUGUCGAAUCGAGCCAGUUCCCCAGGACCACAGAAUGGUUAACAAAAAUGCAGGAUUUGCCCUACUACCAUGCAGGGAACCAAGUGGGAUUGGAUAGGCUAAUCGCUGCUGUUAAGAACAAAUUUACAAGCCUUUAAAAUUUGUUAUACCGAUAGUCUUUUUAUUAAACACUAAUUGAGUCAAA